ACCAGGGGGCCAAGCAACGGCGCAGUGGUCACGUGACGGAACCGCCGCCGGCUGCGCAAGCGCAGGCGGUAUUGCUCCGCAGAAACCACCAGGACAGCCACCAUGGCCGACAACGCCAAGCCCCGUGCGAAUACGUUGCAGGUGCUGCGGCACAUGGCCAACCGCCUGCGGAUCCAUUCCAUCAGGGCCACGUGUGCCUCCCGCUCCGGCCACCCCACGUCGUGCUGCAGCGCAGCUGAGAUCAUGUCCGUGCUGUUCUUCCACACGAUGCGGUAUAAACAGACAGAGCCGGAACACCCUGACAACGACCGAUUCAUCCUCUCCAAGGGCCAUGCUGCUCCCAUCCUCUAUGCGGCUUGGGCAGAGCUGGGCAUCAUCAGUGAAUCCGACUUGCUGAACUGGAGGAAAAUUAACUGUGACUUAGAGGGACAUCCCACCCCAAGACUGUCGUUCGUUGAUGUGGCAACCGGAUCGCUUGGGCAAGGAUUGGGUGCCGCCUGCGGAAUGGCUUAUACUGGCAAGUACUUUGACAAGGCCAGCUACCGAGUGUUCUGCCUUAUGGGAGAUGGUGAAUCCUCGGAAGGUUCAGUCUGGGAGGCUCUGGACUUCGCUUCCCACUACAAUUUGGACAAUCUCGUGGCAGUCUUUGACGUGAACCGUUUGGGACAAAGUGGUGUCACGCCCCUUGAGCACUGCACAGACGUCUAUCAGAAUCGCUGUGAAGCCUUUGGGUGGAAUACUUACUUAGUGGAUGGCCAUGAUGUGGAGGGGUUGUGCCAUGCGUUCUGGCAAGCAACUCAAGUGAAGAACAAGCCCACUGCCAUAGUAGCCAAGACCUUCAAGGGCCGGGGUAUUCCAGACAUUGAGGAUGCAGAAAAUUGGCAUGGAAAGCCAAUGCCAAAAGAAAGAGCAGAUGCAAUCAUCAAAUUAAUUGAGAGUCAGAUACAGACCAAUAGAAAUUUCAUAGUGAAACCCCCUCUUGAAGACUCACCGCAAGUCAGCAUCAGGAAUAUAAAAAUGACCUGUCUGCCUGAUUAUGAAGUUGGUGACAAGAUAGCUACUCAGAAAGCAUAUGGUUUGGCUCUGGUUAAACUGGGACGUGCAAAUGACAGACUUAUUGUGCUGGAUGGUGACGCAAAGAACUCCACCUUUUCUGAGAUAUUCAAGAAAGAAUACCCUGAGCGUUUCAUUGAGUGUGUUAUGGCUGAGCAAAACAUGGUAAGUGUGGCACUGGGCUGCGCCACACGUGAUCGAACUGUUGCUUUUAUUAGUACCCUUGCUGCCUGUUUGACCCGAGCAUUUGAUCAGAUCCGGAUGGGAGCCAUAUCUCAAACCAAUAUCAAUCUUAUUGGUUCCCACUGCGGGGUAUCUAUGGGUGAAGAAGGAUCCUCCCAGAUGGCUCUGGAGGAUCUCGCCAUGUUCCGAAGCAUUCCCAAUUGCACCGUUUUCUAUCCAAGUGAUGCCAUCUCGGCAGAGCAUGCUGUUUAUCUGGCUGCCAGUACCAAAGGAAUGUGCUUCAUUCGGACCAGCCGACAAGAAACUGCCGUUAUUUAUACCCCACAAGAAAAUUUUGUGAUUGGACAGGCCAGGGUCAUCCGCCACAGUGUCAAUGACAAAGUUACAGUUAUUGGAGCAGGAGUUACUCUCCAUGAAGCCUUAGCAGCUGCUGCUGAUCUUUCUCAACAAGGCAUUUCUAUCCGUGUCAUUGACCCGUUUACCAUUAAACCCCUGGAUGCUGCCACCAUCAUCUCCAGUGCAAAAGCUACAGGUGGUCGGGUUAUCACAGUAGAGGAUCACUACCGAGAAGGUGGCCUUGGAGAAGCUGUGUGUACAGCUGUCUCUGGGGAGCCUGACAUCCUUGUUCAUCAGCUGGCAGUGUCAGGAGUGCCCCAAAGUGGGAAACCUGGUGAAUUGCUGGAUAUGUUUGGAAUCAGUGCCAGACACAUCAUAGCUGCUGUGAAAUACACUUUAAUGAACUAAAAUAACUGAUUUCUUUAAAAAGUCAGUCUGUUGGCUUUGGUUUUAAAACUCUGGUAUCUUUAUAUUACAUUUAUACUUGUUAUUACAAAACUAUCGUUUAUAGCUGUACUGUUGUGCUUUGUUUUUUUUGAACCCAUUUAACACCUUUCUUCAUUCCUAAUUCAGAAAUUCAAGUUAACCACGUUUCUAAUAAACCAUGACUAUAUAUGUGUACAAAUAUCAUUCUCAUUUUUGAAUCAUUAAAGUAGGUUAUAACAUUUUAAGUAACAGAAUAACAAACAAGCAGCGACCCGGUGGUGUAGUGGUUAAGUUUGUGCGCUCUGCUUCAGUUCACAGGUUUGGGUCUCAAGCACGGAUCUACACACUGCUCAUCAAGCCAUGCUGUGGCAGUGUCCCACGUAUAAAAUAGAGGAAGAUUGGCACAGAUGUUAGCUCAGGGACAAUCUCUUCAGACACACACACACGCACACCAUAAUAACAAACAAAACAACCACCUAAUACAAGGUUUUCUGAUAAGACUACAAAUAACUGACGAGUUGGAAGUCAAUGUAGAUGUAUCAGUUUCUUAAGUGUGUGUAAUUUGUUUGUACGUAAAGAAAAUGUGUAUCUAAUUGUAGAUUUCAAUAGUCCAGGUUUUGAAGCAAGUUCCAGCUUUCAUAUAAUGCCAUCCUACCUGUGGCUUCUGGGGUAAUGUUUGAGUGCGAUUGCGUUGGAAUUUCCUCUAAAGUCUGCCUACCUCUCUCAGUUACUGUUUAGAAGCUAUAGAGCGGCAGUGAAAGCUCUUACGGUGGACCAUACCACUUGUGGUGACUGUUCUAUAAAGAGAUGAAAGCAUGACUAGUUAUAGUCUGCACACUACACUGUUUUGUGAGGUUUCAGAAAUGUUUCCUUUUCUCAGUUACCAAACCAGAGUGCUAACAUGAUUAUAUUCAUCUACUAAGGAUACUCAAGUCAAUGUAAUAAAGCAUUUAAAAACCAGCA